AUGUCAUAUUCAACAAAAAAGAAAGAAAAUAAAAAGAUAAAUCAGAAGAAUGCGAGUAGUUUUGAAUUUAACUCGGACAUUCAAAAUGACAUAGGUAUUAUAAAGUCCUACACCUUAAGGAUCUUAAAAAUAAAUGAAAAUGAAGUGUGUUCGGUUGAGAGCUCCGAAAAAGUACAAGGAAUUGUGCAAGAGGGAAAAGUGAAAAUCCAGGAAAUACAGAGAAAGUUGAAGAAUUAUUCUAGUAAUGUAGAAAAUGCCCCACAAAGUGAAAGGAUAAGAGUGAAGCUUAUGUUGCAGAAGUUAUCGAACUCAUAUAUAGAAGCGGUAAACAAUUUUCAAAAUGCAUCUAAAAAUUAUAUUAACAAAACAGUUUUAAGUGACAUGUCAUUAAAAAAUGUGAACACAUCUAAUGGGAAUUUGGGAUAUGAUUCAUUUAAUAACUUUUCAAGAAAUAGUGAUUCAAAUUAUGAUUCUAAUAGAGACAAGUUUAAUGUAAACAUUUAUGAUUAUAAUUUUUAUGAAAAUGAAAAUUAUGAGGGAAGUUAUGCCAUUCCUACGGGAGGUUUGGAAAAUGUAAAAGGGGAGAAAAAAAAAAAGAAAUAUAAAAAUAAUAUUUUUACAGGAAAUAAAAAAAGUGAAAUUAAUGAAUACCUAUUGCAGAAUGAUGGAUAUAUGGAAAACGGUGGAUAUGAAGAUAACAGAGAUCUGGAGAAUCCUGUGCAAAAUGAAGAAUUUAUAUCAGUAAAAACGGUAGAUAUUGAAAAUGAAAUAUUGAAUCAGAAAAAUAAGGAAAUAAAAAAAUUACAUAAAGAUAUAAUUAAUAUACAAGAAUUAUACAAGGAAUUAUUUGAUCAAAUAAAUGUUCAAGGAGAAAGCAUUGACAACAUAGAUUCUCAAAUAAUGACGACCCAUGAUAAUAUUCUUUUGACCGGUCGAGAAAUUGAAAUAACUAGAAGUAGAUAUUUUAGGAGUAUAAGGUGUACAGGAUUCCUUAUUUUUGUUUUAAUAAUUUUGUUAGUAAUUAUUUUGGUAGUCUUUAGGGUUAUAUGA